ACGAGACGGUCAUUUGCGGAAUCGCCAGUUCACGGGAUUGGCCAGUCGUUUCAGCGGGUGCAAGAGAGAAAAUCUGGGGGCGUUUGCGCCUUAAAUUUCUCCCUUUACCUAGGUACCACGGAGGAGCAGUUUCUUUGCUCGUUCUGUCCCUAGGCGUGCCUUGGCGUGGCGGCAUUUUGCCAUGUGUCGGCUGGCGAUCCGUGCGUCGUGUACAAGUUUUCCUCGUGCGUCUCCUUGGGUGUUGCUGGCACAGUGCACUGGCGCGAACGAUUGUUGUCGUUUGGUCAGUGGUCUCCCGUGAAGAACCUGUCACCACAAAAGUGAAUUGACGUCAGUGCAAAGAUUUAAAGGAACUUGCAUGGCUUGUGUACAGGAUACAACAUUUCUUGGGAGUGUUCUCAGCCUAGGUUGUGAAAGACUGCUUUAAACUCAUGGGGACAACUGAGAGUGACAAGAGGCAUUAUUUUGUUGAGAUCGUGCUGUCGAGGACCGGAUUCGUCGACGCAGGGUCUGAGCAUGCGCUGCAUCAGGCCUAUCUACUGCUACCUCUGGCUGUCUGCCCUGCUGGCUUCAUCGGACGAAACAAGUCGCAGGAAGCUGUACCACGUGCACUGCACUGGGACCACCUGACCAGCACGGUGACGUCGACAGAGACACCAUGGCACCCGGAUAAAAGCAGCAGCCUUUUCGACGUUACCUUCAGUGGACUUGGAAGCACUGAACGAGUACGGAUGCUGAUCGAAUUUUUUCUGAUCGCACAGCGGUGGCAGCGAAACCCAGCCAAUAUGUCGAUGGCGUCCACGCUACUACCGCCCCCGAAGCCUAUGGAUCCGUCGCACGACCCUUGGAUUGCCUGGAAAACUUGGAAAAUGACUUCAGACAGCAGCACUUCUACCGACAGACAUGACAUCUCACCACUUGACAUCCUGGACAUGGCAUCGGAGCAACAAAAAGACCCAUGGAUCGUCAUGGUGUUCGACUUUUUGUCAAAUCCUCCGGCAACUUCGGCACCUCGAGCGCUACGCCGACAGGUGCAGCAUUUCACAAUCCAGGAUGGACUUUUAUACCGCCGCAACUACCACAAUGAGGGCUGCAAAUGGCUUUUAGUAGUGCCUCGCCACCUACGACAAGAGUUCUGCUCCGCUUUUCAUUCUGACCCACAGUGUGGUCACGGCGGAGUGUCAAAAACUUGCACACGGCUUUGCCUACAAUAUUAUUAGCGAGGGAUGUACACCUUCGUCCACAAAUAUUUACGCUCCUGCAUUGCCUGCCAGCAAUGCCAAUGUGUCCCGCAUCUCUCCACCACAUCUCUCCAACCACUUCCCUGCCCAGCUCAGCCAUUUGACCGUGUCGGCAUUGAUAUCUAUGGGCCUCUUCCAUCUACUGGCGCGGGCAACCGAUGGAUUGUUGUCGCCGUAGAUCAUUUGACACGGUAUGCUGAAACCGCCGCCUUGCCUGCCGCAUCAGCAAAAAACAUCGCCUCGUUCAUUAUAAACAACUUCGUUCUCCGCCAUGGCACACCAUGUGAACUGUUGAGCGAUCGGGGCUGCGUAUUCCUCUCAGAUGUCCUGCAGUCACUCUUAUCUGAAUGCCAAAUUAUUCACCGCACUACUACUGCUUAUCAUCCACAGACCAAUGGCUUAACAGAACGAUUCAACAGAACUCUUGGUGACAUGCUAUCAAUUUAUGUUGCAUCUGACCACUCCAACUGGGACCUUGUACUUCCGUUCGUCACUUACGCAUAUAACACUGCCUCUCAAGCCACCACCGGAUUCUCACCAUUUUUUCUGCUUUACGGCCGGCCGCCAUCCCUCCAGCACCAUUGAUACAGUUCUCCCGUACCGGCUGGACCCUGCUGAAUGCUCACCUGUUUCUACGGUUGCUCAGCACGCCGAGAAAUGCCACCAACUGGCCCGUUCGUUGACGUCUGCUCAACAGUGCCGCCAAAAAGAAUGCCAUGACCUCAAUCCUCCCCCUCACCCCUUCCCCGUCGACUCACUCGUGUGGCUUUGGGUCCCGCCUGUUGCUGCUCCUGGCUUUUCGUCCAAGCUCCUCCCGAAGUACCACGGGCCCUACCGCGUAGUUGCACAAACAUCACCAAUGAACUACGUGGUCGAACCCGUAUCGCCAUCUUCCGAUCUGCGUCGUCGGGGGCGAGAGACUGUGCACAUUGACCGGCUGAAGCAGUAUUACGAUCCGCCCACCUCUUCCUAGGUUGCCAGGAUGGCUACUCUUCAAUUCCGGGGGGGAUUGUGACGAAGAAGAUCGGCAGGCUGAAAAGCCCCGUUGCCACCGCGUGGCACGUACCCAGUUCGUUCACUGGCUGCGCCCUACCUGCUGGUGCUGAGUUUGUCGCUGCUGCUCUACGAGCCGAAUAAACCCCCCUUACAGGGGGAUGAAACUGAAUGCAUCAAAAACUACCAGUAUCUCCUUCACUCACAAGAAAAAUGCGCUUCAGUUUACAUACACAAUAAACAAUAUAUCACUAAGAAAAUACGAGGAGGUCACAUAUCUCGGGGUCACUCCUACAAUGAAAUUAGAUUGGGAAACUCAUAUAAAUAAUAUGUAUGACAAGGCCCUAGGUAAACUACAUUUCUUGAGAAGAAAAGUUAGAAACACACCUCCUAGUGUUAAAUGCACACAGAACCCUCAUUAGACCCUCUUUAGAGUAUGCUGACAUUAUUUGGGCCCCACACCAGAAGUAUUUAACCGAGAAACUAGAACGCAUAAAGAACUUAGCAUUGAGAUUUAUAUAUUCACAAUAUUCACGUCAAACGAGCAUUACAAACCUGCGCGUCAAGGCUAACGUUCAAUCACUGGCUCAACGUAGAAUGAUUUCCAGAUUAAAAUUUCUAUGCUUACUUUAUCACGGCUCCUAUUGAGUACCACAAGUAACAUACAUUCAAGCGCCAUUCAGACUUUCUGCCUGAACCAACCAUAAUAAAUCAAUACGACACCAUCCCAGCCAUAAUAACACUCGCAAGUACUCUUUAUUCCCACACGCCAUUUCCCAUUGGAACAUACUACCCUCUAGAGCCGUAAAUUGCCCAUCUGCCAACGCAAUUAUUGACAGUAUUGAGAAUCUGGAAUUCGAAUGGUGAUAUUACCUGUAUUUCAUAUGCAGCCUCUGUAGAUGCAUUCUUAUGGUAAACGCUGUUUCGCCUGCUUCCCGGACGGCUCAUUUAAACAGUGUAUAUAUUUAUUGAGUAUGUUCAUUUUUGUGUGUGCUAAUGCUCUUUGUUUUGGAUACACUAGUUUAAGUUUAUUCUUUUUUUUGUACUGUAUUCCAUGUUGUAACCACUCCUGCAUGGGCCCGACGAUGGCCUGCAGUAUUGUAAAAUAAAUAAAUAAAUAAGAAUGCAAAAACAA